GUAAGUUUGUCAUAACUAAUUGAUUCCAAUUUCCGACAUGAGAUACCUACAAUCCUACAUAUGUGUGUUAAAGAGGUACGGAAUGUUUUGUGCAGUUGACAGCUGCCAAUUUUCAAGGAAAAAGCUAAUUUUGUACUGAAUGACAGAACUGUCGACUGCUCUAAAAAACGGUCAGAUCAUCCUCACAUUAAGUUAUCCUUUUCCGUGUAAAAGGAGGCCUGUGCCCAGCGGUGGAUCGAUAAAAUACUGAUAAAUGAAUGAACUUUAAGUUAAUGACUCAUUAUUCUGUUUUUCUUUAGGGCUACGCACAACAUGCCGCAGACAAUAAAUGUUGCGGAACCCGCCUUGCCAGCUGCUUUUGAUGCGAGCCUCAAUACUAUUAUAUUGGUCCACGGGCAUGGUGGAAGUGUAAAUUCUCAACUAAAUCCACUCGUCAAGGAUGCAAUUCUGAAGUAUCAAGACCCCUCUUUGAACGUCAUUGUAGUUGACUGGUCGAGAGAAGCCAGCUUCAGUUAUUCAGUCGCAGUAGAAAGUGUACCUCUAGUGGCUAAGGAUUUGGGUGAUUUCAUCAUAAUGUUCUUCCCGACAGCAACCGACGUGGCUAAAUUGCAUUUGGUAGGGUUUGGCCUCGGAGCUCACGUGGUCGGCAUUGCUGGUAGACAGGUGGCUGCAGCGGCGGUGCCGCCUGGACUGGUUCAAAGGAUCACCGGAUUGGAUCCAUCACGAAGACAAUGGGGAGCCAAUUCCGCCCGUCUGAGGAGAACUGAUGCUGCUUACGUCGAAGUAAUCCACACUGAUGGCUCAGGACUGUUCUCUAAUGGCAUUGGCACUGCCAUUGGAGAUAUAGACAUCUACGCAAAUGGCGGAAGCAAUCAACCAGGCUGCUUGACCAAUACCUGUAGCCACGAACGUGCCUAUGAGCUGUUUGCAGCGUCGAUGUUCAAUACUGAAUUGAAGGCAGUCCCGUGCUCCUCAACUACCCAGUUGAACCUCAACUUGUGUAGGGGAAACCCAUUAGAAAUUGGCGGCGUUCGGUUAACCAAGACUGGAUCAUCAAGGAUCUACAGGAUCAACACUAAAAGGAGUUAUCCAUUCUAAACAUGUAUUAUUGUUUGCAAAAAUAAAUUAACUAACCUUCAUAA